AUGGCGGAUCUUAACCAAACACAUAGACCCGCCACCUCCUCCUCCUCCGCCGUGUUUCUAAGAAAGCUUCAAGACAACCUCCACGCAUCAAACUCAACCCAAAUCGCCGGCAUCUUAACCCUUCUCGUCACCGGUUCCAUCUUCCUCCUUCUAACAGGUUUAACCGUAUCUGGUACUGUCUUCGCUCUCAUCUUCUUCUCGCCGUUGAUCAUCGUUUCCAGCCCGAUAUGGGUCCCAGCUGGUACCUUCUUCUUCCUCCUCGCCGCUGGAUUCUUGUCCAUGAUUGGAUUUGGUGUCAUCGCUGUCGCUUCUUCCUCUUGGUCCUACCGUUACUUUAGGGGUCUCCACCCGCCCGGUUCGGACCGGGUUGAUUACGCUCGGAGCCGGAUUUAUGAUACGGCUACACAUGUUAAAGAUUGUGCAAUAGAAUACGGUGGGUAUUUGCAGAGUAAGGUCAAGGAUGCAGCACCUGGUGCUUGA